AUGAGUCGCCUGAAAAAUAAUCUAGUUGCAAUGGAUCUUCUUGUGUUGCUGCUACUCUGCACUGUUUCACCGGUCCGAGGCUACCGCUCAGGUCUGGUUAUAAACAGCUGUGAAGACAUGCAACUCCACCACUCUGGGCUGAGCCCACAGACAGCACCGUCUCCCUUUACUGUCACAACUGAGCACAAACGGUACAGACUUGGAGAGGAUGUCAAAGUUGAGCUACAGGGUCCGGUGUCAACACCAUUCACUGGUUUCCUGUUGGAGGCUAGAGAAGUGGGAAACGAGACUCCUGUGGGUUCCUUUGCCAUACCAGCAGGGGCUGCUAAACUCCUCACCUGUAGCCAAAGACCUAACUCAGCUGUGUCCCACAGGUCAGGCUUUAAUAGCAGCUUCAUUCAGGUGACAUGGAAAUCAGAACCAUCAAGAGACAUCAAAGGGGUUCAGUUCCGUGCAUCCUUUGUGCAGAGUUCUACAACAUUUUGGGUUAAUGUGACGAGCCCUGUCCUGACCUUCGCUAAUCGUAGAGCUGCUCGAUCGGCAGUUAAAUCAGCUGGAUCCAUCUCUAGUGCUAGCUGUGGUGUCACCAAGGUGUGCUUCAGUCAGCCUCCAAACUGUGACCCAGCAGUCAGUUCUAGCUGUUAUUUCAUGUCAGCCAUGAUGUUACCUGGUGGUACAGCUGUCCGCUAUGAGAUGACUGGUCCUAAUGAAGGAUACAUCGCUUUUGGAUUCUCUGCUGAUCAAAUAAUGGGAAAUGAUGAUAUUUAUGUUUGCGGUGUAAACAGUAAUGGACAAGCUGGUGUGCAACACAUGUAUUCAACAGGUCGAUCAAGGCCAGAAACGCGUCCUCUGGGAAAUGUUUAUAAUGUAACAACGUCGGUGCAGAACGGUGUCAUCAGCUGUUCCUUCACUACUACGAAUGUAAUUUCUAUUCAGGGAACUUCAGGUUUCAACCAAUCCUACUACCUGUUGUUUGUCCAUGGACCCACCAGCAACGGACAAAUAAAAUUCCAUACAGGUGACUUCUCCAGCAGUAAAGCGAUCAAUAUUUAUAGUCCUCUGGCUGUCGGCAAUGGUGACCUUCCUGAUAUCAUGAAAGCUCAUGGUGCACUGAUGCUGAUUGCCUGGAUGACCACAGCAUCACUAGGAAUGAUGGUUGCCCGAUAUCUGAAAAAAAUGGCCAAGGGAAAGAGAAUGUGCAACAAAGAUCUCUGGUUUGUGGUCCAUGUUGCAGUAAUGUGUCUGACGGUAGCGGCCACAAUCAUCGCUUUCAUCCUCGCUUUCUCGUAUGCUCAGGACUGGUCUGGGGGAGCACACCCAGUGUUGGGCUGCCUGGUUAUGAUCCUCUCACUCAUCCAGCCUAUUGGGGCUUUGCUGCGCUGCGGGCCGCAACAUCACCUGAGGUAUCUGUUCAACUGGACACAUUUUUUAAAUGCAGUGGUAAUAAAAUCUUUAGCAGUGGCAGCCAUAUUUACAGGCCUGGACAGGAUUGAAAAUGAUGAUGGGUGGCUAAUGAAAGUGAUGGGUGGCUUCCUUGCCUGGGAAGUUCUCUUCAUUAUCAUGUUGGAGGUCCACGACUGGAUAGUUAAGCACAGAGAUGGUACUGCUGAUCAAAUGGAAUCAGCAUUGCUCAGGGGCAACAGUUGCCUGAUCCUUAUUUACCUUCUGGGAAACCUUUGCUUUUUGGUGGCACUUCUGGUUGGAAUUGGACAGAAAUGA